AUGGGCGGAGGUCCUUGUCUGUCAUGGUGAGAGCCGGGACCCGAGGAGCGAGCCGCGGUGCGAUUGGAGCACAGAGCCGUCUGUUCCGCCGGGGCGGGGUGACGGAUUCCGGGAGGCGAUAGGCAAUCUCAGGUGCGGCGCUGAGGCUGCUGCGUGCCUUUAAUGGCGGCGGCAUGGAAAGUGGCGAGCCGGGCGCGGGCGGGCUCCUGCAGCAGAUCUUGAGCCUGCGUCUAGUACCGCGGGUGGGCAACGGCACCCUGUACACCACCCCGCUGGUCAGCUUCCCAGAAAUGUGGUAUGGUGUAUUCCUGUGGGCGCUGGUGUCCUCUCUCUCUUUCCACAUCCCUGCGGGAUUACUGGCGCUCUUCACCCUCAGACAUCACAAAUAUGGUAGGUUCAUGUCUGUAAGCAUCCUGUUGAUGGGCAUCGUGGGACCAAUUUCUGCUGGAAUCUUAACAAGUGCAGCUAUUGCUGGAGUUUACAGAGCUGCCGCAAAACAAAUGAUCCCCUUCGAAGCGCUUACUCUAGGUGUGGGGCAGACAUUCUGUGUGAUGGUGGUUUCCUUCUCACGGAUUUUAGCAACUCUAUAGCAUUCCAUCAGAGACUUGAGUCUGAAGAUCAGAUCGGGAGAGGAGAAGAUUUUGACUGCGUGGCAGAGGUAGUCCAUGAAUGUGGCAAUUUUUCAAUCUCUGGGCAGAAAACAGCAUGAGACGAAGAUCCUGGACAUACCUGGAAGGUGUUAUGUCUUUGGUUUUCUAAAGGCCUGGUUCUGUCGCUGAUUUGGUAGCAGAAUAACUUAAACUAGGGAAGAGAUCUAAUCUGAGGGGUUAUGUGCGCCAAAUGAAGUUCCUCAACACAAAGUUGGUUUGUUUAUACUUGGCUUCUGUAAAGUACAAAAGCAGGCACAGUAAAAAGGCUUGUCUUG